AUGUCCAGUUUCUUUAUUCCUUUUCCAGAUGUCCAGUUUCUUUAUUCCUUUUCCAGAUGUCCAGUUUCUUUAUUCCUUUUCCAGAUGUCCAGUUUCUUUAUUCCUUUUCCAGAUGUCCAGUUUCUUUAUUCCUUUUCCAGAUGUCCAGUUUCUUUAUUCCUUUUCCAGAUGUCCAGUUUCUUUAUUCCUUUCCAGAUGUCCAGUUUCUUUAUUCCUUUUCCAGAUGUCCAGUUUCUUUAUUCCUUUCCAGAUGUCCAGAUUUCUUUAUUCCUUUUCCAGAUGUCCAGUUUUAUUCCUUUUCCAGAUGUCCAGUUUCUUUAUUCCUUUUCCAGAUGUCCAGUUUCUUUAUUCCUUUUCCAGAUGUCCAGUUUCUUUAUUUGUUUCACAUUGUGUUUUCCCAUAUUCUUUUCACACAUUUUUCUUUUCUUGCAUUUUCACAUAUUCUUUUAUCUUAUGUUCUUAUUCUCACAUAUUUUUCAUAUUCUAUUUUCACAUUUUUCCUUCAUUUCAUUUUCACAUAUUCUUUUUUUUUCUCUGUUCCCAUUCUCAUAUUUUUUUGUAUUCUCAUCUUGCAUCUUAUAA